AUGUCUCACAGGACGGGGUUGAAAGCCCUCAAAGGUGCCCCACUGAUUGGGGCCAUCACCUCAGUGUGUGCCUCUUCUUUCUUGCUGUUUGGAUAUGACCAAGGAGUCAUGUCUGGGGUGGUCAUCUCCGAUUAUUGGCUCGAUGCAAUGGGCCACCCUAGCACCGUUAUGACUGGCACGAUCAAUGCGAUCUAUGAUAUUGGUGGAGUCUUCGGCGCUAUCGGUGCCGCAUUGUGUGUCGAACGACUUGGCCGAAAACGAGGAUUAUUGGUCGGAGCAGCUUUGAUUGUCAUUGGGGCAAUAUUAAUGGGAUGCUGUGUUGAGAGAAUCCAAUUCAUUGUCGGGAGAAUUGUCACUGGGCUCGGAAUCGGAUUUUUGACAUCCGUCGCUCCUGUUUACCAAAGUGAAGUUUGUCUGCCAAGCCAGCGAGGAUGGCAUCUAUCGUGCCAAUUGACUAUGAUGCUAUUCGGGUUGAUGCUGGCGUACUGGAUGAAUUAUGCAUUUUACUUCCAUCCCGGCGCAGUGCAGUGGCGAUUUCCCAUUCUGUUCCAGGCCGUGUUUGCAAUAUACAUUCUUGUCAUCGCGCCGUUCUUACCGGAUACACCUCGCUGGCUCAUGCUCCAUGAAUCCACGCCCGAACGGGGAGAGGUUGUGCUUUCCAAGCUGCGGAACAAGCCCAUUGACCAUGUUAACGUGCAAAAAGAGCGGGAUGAGAUCUUAGCUGCGAUCAAUGUCGAAGCUGAACAGGAGGGGUCUUGGAAGUCGCUCUUUUCUGAUGGCGGGUGCGCUGCGAACAAGCGGUUUUUCCUAGCCCUUGGUAUUCAGUUCAUGCAGCAGACCUCGGGUAUCAAUAUCGUGACCUACUACGCUCCCACCCUAUUGAAGAGCUCACUGGGUAUGACGCAGGAGCGAGCUCUUUUUAUCAGCUGCUUUUUGCAGGUUUGGUACAUUGUGGCGUCAUUUCUUACAUGGUACAUGAUAGAUGCGGUUGGCAGGCGACGACUGUACAUCAGCAUGUCUAUUGGCAUGGGAGUUGUUCUGAUUUGUGAAGCCAUCACCGUGGCAAUCGAUAACCAACAGUCUGCGAUUGCUGCUGUUUUCUUCAUCUUUGCCUUUGAGGCUUGCUUUACAUGGGGCUGGAUGGCUACAGUCUGGAUCUACCCCGCUGAGAUUCUCCCACUGAAGAUUCGAUCAAAGGGCGCUGCACUUGCAGCUGCAGCAGACUUCUUGGGUAACUUUCUUGUCGUCGAGAUUACACCACCUGCCCUCGCGAAUAUCGGUUACAAAACUUACAUUAUCUUUGCAGUCUUCAACAUUGUGACAGCCUUUAUCGUGUAUUGCUUUUACCCCGAGACAUCGUACCUCAGCUUGGAAUCGGUCGAUUUAAUUUUCCUACCCGACGAGCAACAAGAUCAACAAAUUGCGUUGGAGCAAACCUUUCUCCAAAAGACCCUGCAAUGGAGCGUUGUUUCAAAGGCACGGAUUGCUGUCAAUGAAGCUAAAGCAAGGCACAAGGCUCGAUUGGAAACAGACGCGGAAUUUGAGGACAACGAGUUCGAAUCCGAGUUGAAGGGGCAUUCUGGUGCCAGUCAUGCUGAGCAUAAGGAGGUUUAA